GCGAAAAACCCCAUUUAUCCAUUUAUCCUCUAAACUCUCCAAUCCUUUACGCUCCUGGCAGUGAACCUUCACUCUCUCUCUCAAAUGACGAAACUGCCCGUACUAUCUCCCAAAAGUUACCUACCUGGCCAUGAGCUGCUUCACUGAGCUGCAGCACCCCACUUUCAUGGCUAUCGUAGAAGCUUGGCCUCGGCCUGGGGGUCUCUUCUCUCCUCGAACACCGUCUUGUUUGCUUCGCUCCUUUAAGUUCUUAACACCGUUUACAGACCAUCACAUUGCCCUUGGGAGUGUGUUCAGAUUUACACUUUGUGCCGGAAAUCAUAAUUCUCUGACAAGAUCCCCAAUAAUGUCCAUGAAGAAAGGCCUUUCGACUGCCACUUUUGAAGGACUAUGUGAGGUAGUUUGGACUGUAGAAGCAGAUCUGGCAGAAGGUCAACUUCUCUACAUUAGUGGGGAAUCUGUUGCCUUAGGCUGCUGGGAACCAGAGAUGGCAAUCCUUAUGUCUCCUACUGUACAUGCUAACAUAUGGAGGGCUGAAGUGAAGAUAACAUGUGGUGUAAGUUUCAAGUAUAAUUAUUUUAUAAAAGGAGAAAUGCAGCCUUUAUCUGACAUCACUUGGAGACCUGGACCACAAUUUUCUUUGUCAGUUCCUCCAUGUAAGAAGCAAGAAAGAAGGAUUAUGGUGAGAGAUUCAUGGAUGAGGUCUAGAACUGAAUGCUGUCCACCUCAUGUAUGGGGGUCAUGGAUUGAUGAAACUGAUAUUCCUAUAAAACCUUCAGUCUCAGUUCAAGUUGAAGAUGAAGAGAUUAUGAAACACCUCAAAAGUGAUCCAAACGAGUCAGAGCCAUUCUUGAAUGACCUUACAGUCAGGGAUGAAAUAGAACCAAGUGAUGUGGUUGCAAUUAGUGAUUCAGAGGAGGGAUUAUAUUCUUAUACACUUCUUUCUGAAAGAGACCAGCCUGUCGAGGAACCUUGGUUUUUACAUUCACCUCCAUUCUUUUUCACAUAUGGGGAUGAUAUGGAGGCUGAUGUGUUAAAAUACAGCAGCAGUGUCAAAGAUGAGAUUAUAAGGUUGGAAGCAAAUAAUCAGCAAUACCAAAUUACAGAAAAAUUCUUGCCCGAAGAAAGCAGUCCUAUAAUUUCCAAGAAGGACUCUGUAUCUACUGUUAUAUUGAUUAACUCUUCAAUAUGUACCAUGCAAAGGAUUGCUGUACUGGAAGAUAGUAAAUUGGUUGAGUUGCUACUUGAACCAGUUAAAAGCCAUGUGCAAUGCGAUAGUGUAUAUUUAGGAGUAGUUACAAAUCUUGUUCCCCAUAUGGGUGGUGCAUUUGUAAAUAUCGGAAGCUCUAGACAUUCUCUUAUGGACAUAAAGCACAACAGGGGACCAUUCAUAUUCCCUCCAUUUCGUCGGAUGACAAAGAAACGAGUCAAAGGUUUAGUUUCUGAAGCCCCUAGUCAGCAUUUAGCUACUAAUAAUAUUGAACCUCCCCAAGAAGAUGUUUUCAUUGAAGAUGCAACAGAAGAUGACUCUGAGGAUGAGGAGGUGCAAUUUGUGCAUAAUGACUAUGAGGAUAAUGAUGUUGAUGACGAUUUUGAUGUUUCAGAAGUCAUUAACGAGAGUGUUACUGGUAGUGUAGUUGACUAUGCUGAAGCGGAUGCUGAUUUUGAGGGCUUGUUAGAUGGAGAGCAUCACCUAGUAGAAGGAAGUCUUCUUGGUUCCUCUUCUUUAGGAAUAUCUAAUGGCUCUACAGUAUCACAUUUCCAAUAUGUAAAGGAUGCUGAUGAAAACAAGUGGGACCUUGUCCGAAAGGGAACCAAAAUAAUUGUGCAAGUUGUCAAAGAAGGAUUGGGUACAAAAGGUCCCACAUUGACUGCUUAUCCAAAAUUAAGAAGCAGAUUCUGGAUAUUACUCACUUGCUGUGACAGAAUUGGAGUCUCAAAAAAGGUCACUGGUGUUGAGCGUACGCGUCUGAAAGUCAUAGCAAAAACUUUGCAGCCUCAGGGCUUUGGUCUAACUGUAAGGACUGUUGCUGCUGGCCAUUCUUUGGAGGAGCUGCAGAAGGACUUGGAAGGUUUGCUUUCAACUUGGAAAAAUAUAGUAGAACAUGCUAAAUCUGCAGCUCUUGCUGCAGAUGAAGGUGUAGAAGGAGCAACACCUGUUUUGCUGCAUAGAGCAAUGGGUCAAACACUCUCAGUUGUCCAGGAUUACUUUAAUGAUAAGGUUAACAAAAUGGUAGUUGAUUCGCCAAGAACAUAUCAUGAGGUUACCAACUAUCUUCAGGAUAUAGCUCCUGAUCUUUGUGAUCAAGUAGAGUUACAUGAUAAAGGAAUUCCCCUUUUUGAUGAAUUCAAUGUUGAGGAAGAGAUCAACAAUAUCCUUAGCAAAAGGGUUCCCCUCCCUAAUGGAGGUUCCCUGGUGAUUGAACAAACAGAGGCCUUAGUCUCUAUUGAUGUGAAUGGAGGACAUGGGAUGUUUGGUCAUGGAACAUCACAGGAAAAAGCUACUUUAGAUGUCAACCUUGCAGCUGCAAAACAAAUUGCUAGGGAGUUACGGCUUAGGGAUAUUGGUGGCAUUAUUGUAGUUGAUUUCAUUGAUAUGGAAGAUGACUCAAAUAAGAGACUAGUAUAUGAAGAAGUUAAGAAAGCAGUUGAGAGAGACCGAUCAAUGGUGAAAGUCUCUGAAUUAUCGAAACAUGGACUCAUGGAAAUAACAAGAAAGAGGGUUCGGCCUAGCGUGACAUUUAUGAUUAGCGAACCAUGCACUUGUUGUCAUGGUACUGGGAGGGUGGAAGCUUUAGAGACCUCCUUCUCAAAAAUUGAACAAGAAAUUUGUAGAUCACUUGCUGUGAUGAAACAGAAGGCUGACCCUGAAAAUCCAAAAUCUUGGCCAAGAUUUGUACUGAGGGUUGACCAGCACAUGUGCAAUUACUUAACUUCCGGGAAAAGGACAAGACUUGCAAUCUUGAGCAGUUCCCUGAAGGUUUGGAUUCUUUUGAAGGUUGCUAGAGGUUUCACCCGUGGAGCAUUUGAAUUGAAACCAUUUACAGAUGAGAAAGCAGACAAAAAUCAGCAUCAAGUUGCAAUUUCAAUGUUACGAUCUGCAGAAGCUGGAACUGGCAAAUCUGGCAAGAAACUGACUCUGGUUCCAGUUAAAAGGGCUAAGGCUAAUAGGAAAUAAUAAAGAGAUUUUGGUAUUCUACAUGAUGGGGCUUCUUCCUCUGGGUCGUACAUUCAGAAGAGCAGGAUCAGGGUAACAAAGAGGGUACCAGGAGGAAGAGGUGGUUUAGUAACAAAGUUGUUUCCAGGUCUGCCUUCUAGCUUUUAGUACGGUGCGAGUCAAGCCAGGAUAGCACUACUACAUUCUUUUGCUUUUUGAAUUGUUUGGUUCAUAUUGAUUGGCAAGCCAAUUUUGAUUCUGAGAACAUCUAUCUUCACAGCAAUGUUCAAUGGUUCCAAUUUUCA